UGCAAUGGCCGGUGCUGUAUCACAUUUCUACUGGUUCUAGUCCCUGUUGUUUAAAUAUCAUUCUUAUAUUAUCCGCGCAUUACAAUUUGAAGAAGCCUCGCCAGCGCAUUUGAUCCAAUCCGUUCUCAUGUCGGUACAGCAGCAAUCCCUUCAUAUUAACAGAUCCUCAGCGGUUGGUUUGAUCCGCUUCUGUGCCGGUGUUGUAACACCUGGCUGCGGCUUAUCCUGACGUCACGUCCCAGCGACACGCCCCCUGCUUCCUUGCUGUUUGAAAAGCCUCGUCAAAGCGCCGCUGUAGAGAGAUGGCAGCUGCGGGUUUUGAACCCGGUGCCGGGCGGGGAAUCAUGGCUGCAGAACAAGAGGCUGAAGAAACUGUUUCUCAAGAGCUGCACAGCGUCUCUGAGCUGAGGAUCGUGCUGCUUGGGGGAUGGAAGGCUGGGAAGAGUUCAUCAGGAAACACCAUCCUGUGCAGAGAGGAGUUCAGACCUGAAGCCAGCUCCUCUGCAGUUAUGAAAGAGUGUGAGAAGAGAACAGGAGAAGUGUCUGGGAGACGGGUCACUGUGGUCGACACUCCACACUUGUUACUCACAGACCGGGUCGAGAUUGAGAGAUGUGUUUCUCUGUCUGCCCCUGGACCCCACGCUUUCCUCCUGGUGAUACCUGUGUAUCCGAAAGAAAUGAUUGACACUGACCGUGAGUCUAUACUAGCACAGUAUUGCAAACCCUUUGAUAAAGUGCAGGAGCUGUUUGGUGAGAGAGCUGUGAGGAACACGAUGAUCCUUUUCACCCACGGGGAUGAUCUGACAGGCAGGACGAUUGAGCAGUACAUUGAGGAAGCUGGUGAGGAACUCCAGCAGCUUGUUGAGAAAUGUGGGAACAGGUAUCAUGUUCUCAACAAUGAGGACAGGGGCGAUCGCACUCAGGUCACACAGCUCCUGGACAAGAUAGACAACAUGGUGAAGGGCAGUGGAGAUGGCUAUUUCACCAAUGAGAUGUACCAGCAAGCAGAGAGAUGGAAUAGACUAAAGGAACAGGAGCUGAAUGAAAAACACAAAGAGGAGCUGAGGAUGAGAGAAGAGGAGAUGAAACAGAAAUAUGAGGAGGAACAGAGGAGGAGAGAAGAGAAGAUGAAACAGAAAUAUGAGGAGGAACAGAGGAGGAGAGAAGAGGAGAUGAAACAGAAAUAUGAGGAGGAACAUAGGAGGAGAGAAGAGGAGAUGAAACAGAAAUAUGAGGAGGAACAGAGGAGGAGAGAAGAGAUGAAACAGAAAUAUGAGGAAGAACAGAGUAGGAGAGAACAGGAGCUGAUGAAGUUGAGGAAGCAAAUGAAGGAGGAGGAGCUGGAGAAAGAGGCAGAGGAAUCCAAGCUGCCUGUCAGGAGAAGGAACAGCAAUGAUGGAGAUCGUCCCAACUUGUCUGGAGGUGAAGGAGAGGCUCCCCUUGCAGAUACCCAAGCGCCUCCCAGCCCCCCUGAGCUGAGGAUGGUGCUGCUUGGGAAGACUGGGUCUGGGAAGAGUGCAGCAGGAAACACCAUCCUGGGCAGAGAGGAGUUCAGAUCUGAAGCCAGCUCCUCUGCAGUAACGAGGGAGUGUGAGAAGAGAAAAGGACAAGUGGCUGGGAGACGUGUUGCUGUGAUCGACACUCCAGAGCUCUCUCAGGACAAACUCCAGAUUAGGAGCUGUGUUUCUCUGUCUGCCCCGGGACCCCACGCUUUCCUCCUGGUGAUACCGGUGGGCCACUUCACAGAGGAAGAGAGGAGAGCAGUGGAGACAGUCCAGGAGAUAUUCAGUGAGGAGGCUGUGAGGAGGCACAUGAUGCUCCUUUUCACACACAGUGACAAACUGAAAGGCAAGACCAUUGAGGAUUAUAUUCAGACAGGCAGCAAGGAGCUCCAGCAGCUUGUUGAGAAAUGUGGGAACAGGUAUCAUGUUCUCAACACUGAGGACAGGAGCGAUGGCACUCAGGUCACACAGCUCCUGGACAAGAUAGACAACAUGGUGAAGGGAAGUGGAGGCUGCUACUACACCAGUGAGAUGUACCAGCAAGCAGAAGCCAAGAUCAGACAAAGACAAGAGGAGAUACUGAAGGAGGAGGAAGAGACAAUAUUGAGGGAGGAAGAGGAACUGAGGGCAAAGCACCUGAAAGAACUGGAGAACACGAAAAGGAAGAUGAGAUUGGAAAUCCAGAAACGAGACGAGAAGAUCAGAGAGCUGGAGGAGAGCAUAGGAGAGCUGGAGGAAGAGCUGAGGAAAGAACAGGGAGAGAAUCACAGGAUCAAACUGGAGGAAGAGCUGAGGAGGAAGAGAGAGGAGAGAGAAAGGGCGGAGCGAGAGAAGGAGGAGUGCAUGGAGAAGGGGGAGAGAGAGAGGGGAGAGUACGAGGAGAAACACAGGAGAGAGAAAGAGGCAGUCAGGCAGCGCUACCAGGAAAUCAUUAGACGAGAUGCAGAGAGAGUCAAUGAGUUUAUAAGCAGAUAUGAAAAGCCAGCUGAAGCGAGAGGAGAAAGGGCAGCACUAGGGGCAGUGAUGGGUACAGUAGCAGGAGCACUGAGAGAAGGGGCUGAGGUAGGGGCAGUAUUACACACAGUAUCCAGAGCAAUAAGAGAAGAGACAGCGCUAGGGGCAGUAAUGCACGCUGCAAAGGAAGCAGUAAGAGAAGGAGCAGCUCAAAGGGCAGUGAUCAGUGCAGUAGCAGCAGCACUGAGAGAAGGGGCUGCGAUCGGGACAGUAUUGCGCACAGUAGCAGAAGCAAUAGAGGCAGCACCACAGGAACCCAGUCAAGAACAGUGCAGAAAAUCAUAUAAGAGGUGGUGUGGCACUAAAUCAAUAAAAACUGUAGAGAUCAAGCUCCCUUUGGACUCCAGCGCCAUUGUCUUCACUAGGGAGCAGAAGAAGGGAGAGAUGGGGGCCGCCGGUUCAGACCCUGGGCGGGGAAUCAUGGCUGCAGAACAAGAGGCUGAAGAAACUGUUUCUCAAGAGCUGCACAGCGCCUCUGAGAUGAGGAUCGUGCUGCUUGGGAGAAGCUGGGCUGGGAAGAGUGCAGCAGGAAACACCAUCCUGGACAGAGAGGAGUUCAGAUCCGGACUCAGUGUCUCUGCAAGAACGAGGGAGUGUGUGAAGAGAACAGGAGAAGUGUCUGGGAGACGGGUCACUGUGGUCGACACUCCAGACACAGACCGGGUUGAGGUUGAGAGAUGUGUUUCUCUGUCUGCCCCGGGACCCCACGCUCUCCUCCUGGUGAUACCCGUGUAUCCAAAAGAAACGAUUGAUACUAACCGUGAGUCUGUAGUAGAAUGGUAUUGCAAAUCCUUUGAUAAAGUGCAGGAGCUGUUUGGUGAGAGAGCUGUGAGGAACACGAUGAUCCUUUUCACCUACGGGGAUGAUCUGAGAGGCAGGACGAUUGAGCAGCACAUUGAGGAAGCUGGUGAGGAGCUCCAGCAGCUUGUUGAGAAAUGUUGGAACAGGUAUCAUGUUCUCAACAAUUGGAACAGGAGCAAUCGCACUCAGGUCACACAGCUCCUGGACAAGAUAGACAACAUGGUGAAGGGAAAUGGAGGCUGCUACCUCCCAAAUAAGAUUUACCAGAAGGUAGAAGAAAGGAUUAGACUAAAGGAACAGGAGCUGAAUGAGAAACACAAAGAGGAACUGAGCAGGAGAGAAGAGGAGAUGAAACAGAAAUAUGAGGAGGAAUAGAGGAGGAGAGAAGAGAUGAAACAGAAAUAUGAGGAGGAACAGAGGAGGAGAGAAGAGGAGAUGAAACAGAAAUAUGAGGAGGAACAGAGGAGGAGUGAAGAGGAGAUGAAACAGAAUUAGUAUUCCUUUUAUUCCCCCCGACUGUCAGUUCAGUAAAAUCAUCUUUCUGAGGCAAAUACGAAGUUCAGUCUUUCUGUGGGACUAUUAAAAAAAUACCAAUAGACUUGCAGGUUAAUCAUAGAAUAUCUGUGGAGCUUUAGAGACAUCGUGAGCAAAGUCAAGCACAGUCACAGAUGUGACAUUUCACUUUUCUGAAACAAUACACUUGUUGUU